AUGGACGGAGACAAUCUGGAAUUUGAAGACUCGUAUACCUUCAAUCCCAGAAUCCUCAGCAGCAUUGAGUUUGGUAGCAUUCUGGAGACCCUCAGCAAAAAUCAGUCAGUGCCGGUCAAUAUCCCGCAGCUUGUAAACGUUGCGCAAAACUACGAGUCAAGACUGCUGGAGCACGAAAUUAAUUUGGAAGACGAACCGGAGUAUUCGCCAAAUCGGCUGAAAAUGAUCUUCGGCUACCUUUCGUACCCGUUGCUGCUCGUACUAAAGUAUACGAUACCAAUGAUGUCAAUGUCGGACUUUAACCAGACAAUCAAACCGUCAUUCAGCAGACUUAUGAAACUCUUGUGCUCUUUGUCCUGUGCACAAUUUAUUAUCAUUUAUUCAUUCGCUGAGAAUGCAUCGUGGGGCAUAUCUGCCAUCUUUUUAGUCCUCACUACCUUAACAGUUGUUGGAGUUUACUAUAAUAUCACCAGGGCCGAUCCACAGUCCAAUUUACUCAAGCUUCUCAUCUGUAUCAUAGGAUUUAUUACAGCCAUUGCAUACAUAGCAUUCAUUGCGGACGAAUUGAUUAAUGUUCUCAAGUUCAUCAGCGUGCUCACGCAGCUCAAAUGUCGGCUAUCCACUGAUGGCACUGGCAGCAUGUUUUGGAGGCCCGUUGCUAAACUUGCUCCUCGGAAUUGGUCUCAACGGCAAGAUCGUCGGCGAGGUCGACGUCAACAUGAAACCCAGCUUGUAUUUGACCUGUCUCUGGAUUCUCGCCAACCUCGUGUUUAUGCUCGUUUACAUUCCAUAUAA